CUCAAGAGAGCAGAAUACUCAAUUGAGAGUUUGCGCGGUGUAUAUGUGCACGUAGAGUACAUGUGGUGGCGUUUUGGACUCUCCUAUCCUACUUCAAUUAGAUCAGUCAGAAAGUGACAGUUUUUUUGUUUUCUAUUAAUAGCUGGCGAGGUGCAGAGCACGUUUUUGAUAAACUAAAAACAUAUUGUGAUUGAUAGGACUACUUAUUGUAUUUGGAAGUGCAAGUUUUAUCUUGGUUGUUUGAAACUACUUUCCAGUCAUAAGUUACUAACAGUACUGAAAAUGAAUGGUCCUAUGAGCAUGUACAAAUUAAAACCCGUGGUUCAUUUCCCCGAUUCUAUAAAUAUAACCGAUACUAUGUAUAAAAUGAAGAAUAUUUACAGCUCUAAUAUCAACCCUUCAGAAGAAACUUAUAGUAUCACCAAUGGUCUCCCUAACGUUUUGGAACAGAAGUCUCCUGUUGAAGUGGAAGAACUGAAAAAGCGCCAAGAAGCCAUCCUCAAACAGCUAACAUACUUAAAAGAACAGAUGCUGGCCCUAAGGGAGGAAUUGGGCAAGAAAAACUCAAGCUCAGAUCCAUCAAGCUUAGUUUCUAAAAAGAUAAGCCCAUCACAUACCAACAUCGCUAAAGAAGUAUCGUGGGUAAGUAGACUUUUGACGGCAUUAAUAAGAUCCUACUAUUACAUUUUCUGCAUUUCAGUUAUUAUUAAGUCAGUCAAGAGACUUAGGAAAAAUAGUAAUCUCAUUAGUGAUAUCCAAGAUAUCCAAAAAAAGCUUAGGCACUACCACAUAUGGAAGUACUUUGAUUUCAGUAUCAUAUAUUACAAACAGGAAACUCUUGUUUCAGCAAGGCAUAAAUUGAUUUUGUAUUCUUGUCAUAUCUGGUUUUCAGGCACUCAGAAACUUUUUACUUUAUAACUGUUGGCUAUAACC